AAAAUAUCAAAACAAACCCUCAUUCAACAUUUUGACAUUUAACGACCAUAAACCAACUAAAUCAUCACAAUGGAAGAGGAUAGUGAAUUUCGCGAUUUAAUCAUCAAAAAACUGGAGAACAAUGGAGUGCUACUGAAGAUGAAAGCUGCACUUCGGGCCCAAAUAUACCUACUGGACAAGGAGAACGCCAGCGAUGACUCACAAGCCAGUUCGAUUACCAACAACGACUCUAGCAUAGAGCCCAUCGACAAUACACUGAAUGUUGCUCUUAGUUUGGUCCAGGAUUUAUUGGACUGUUUGAAACUCGAUGUCACAAAAUCCAUUUUCAAGGCGGAGAGCGGCGAACAUGCGAAAUACACAUUCCAGACGCGGACGGAUUUGAUGGAAACUUUACAGUUGAACGAUGCCAGUGGUGAUGAAAGCGAUCAAAUGCUUUCGACGAACGAUUCAAAGGUCCCGAUUUUGGUGAAAUAUUUGAUGAAGAACGGUCUCGUUUCGAAAUUAGACGAUGUGAAUGAUACGUUUGCUGUAGCAGCGUCUACCAGCAAUAGUACCGAGUGAAUUAAGUUAAUUUUUACAAAUUAAUCGAUUGACUGACAAAUUUUUCGUUUCGCUGAAAUAUAUUUCUAAGUAAGGCAAA